ACUUGUCAACCGUGCACGUGGUUGAAAUAUUUAUUAUUAAGGUUAUGAAAAAUUAAAAGCCUGAAACAUGAAUAACAUAGUUGAGGAAGUAUUGGAAAAAACAUCGCGAGAAACAGCAGAAAAAAAUAAAUCAAUUACAGUUGAAAAACAUUUAGAUCUAGAAUUAGAUUUAGGUACAUUAUUAGCUGUUGAUAUAAAUGAUUUGAAUGAAAAAGAAUUGAGGACCAAGCCUCAGAAAUAUUUACAAAAUUUGACUCGUGAUAAUACACAGAUAUUAUUAAACGCAAUAUGGGAAUUGCCCACAGAACGUGUUGAAGAAACAAUAGUUGCAAAAUUACCUAAACCAACAACCAGAUUACCUAGAUCAAAGUGUAUUCCGAAACCUAGGGCACCUACUAAAUGGGAAAAAUUCGCUAAAGAAAAAGGAAUACAGAAAAAGAAAAAAGCCAAUUUGUCGUGGGAUGAACAAUUACAAAAAUGGGUUCCAAAUUAUGGAUAUAAGCGAGCGGCUGCAGAAAAAGAAAAGGAUUGGGUUAUUGAAGUACCACAAAAUGUCGACCCCAACACUGAUAUGUUUUCAACAAAAACUACUGCAAAAACAGAACGUGUUGCCAAAAAUGAACUACAACGAUUAAGAAAUAUUGCAAAACAUAAAGGUGUGAAAGUUCCACGUAUGGGAAUUACUAGCAGUGAUAAACUUAGUUCGAAUCAGUUAUUAACAGCAAGUACAAUUGCAAAAGCAUCUACAGCGUCUCUAGGUAAAUUCCAGCCCAAAUUACCUAAAGAAAAAGAAGUUCGUGGCAAAGGUAUUGCUGAAAUAACUCCUGGCGUUGGAAAAAAACGCAAAGCCCAACAUCUUUCUCCAUCAGCAGAAAAAGAAAAGAAUUUAGCUACUGUGACUGCAUUAUUGAACAAACGUCCAACUAUUGAUAUUGAAAAGGCUGUAAAUAAACAAAUAUUUCAAGAACAGACUGAGAACUCUGAAAGUAAUCAAGGAAAGAAAUUUAAAAAUAAAGGCAAUAAAAAGAGUAAUAAAAAAGGAAAAGGAGCAGGAAAACCUGCAGCAGGAAAAGGGAAAAGAAACCCCAAUAAACGAACGUUGGGAAGGAAACGACGUUAACUGUUUUUUAUUAUUAUA